AUGGUGGCGGAGUCGAUGCGAGCAUCGCGACGACCCACACGGAUUCCUCGUUACCACCACCGACACAACACCAACAAUAAGCAUCAGCACGAGGAGAGUGAAAGAACAACAGCCAACCAUGAUUCUUCCAAGGUCCCUUCGUUCUUUCGAGCCAAUCCUCCUCCCCGUGGGUUGCGUGCUCAUCAAGGCUCACAAGGAUCGUCCAAGCAAAGAAGAGCCAAAAAGGAAGAGAAACGACAAUCAUUGCUAGAGGCGAAGACGUUCAAGUACCCUCCAUUCAUGAUCGAAACAGUAACCACCAAUUCCAACUCGAACGAUUCUUCUCAAGAGCAGCAAAAAAAGCGAGACAAACGCUUACAAGAAGCGUUAUUACAGUCACCCAAGCUGUGGCCCCCAGAAACCAAGAAAGAAUCACUGCAGACCAAACGAAGAAGGUUCGAGUCUCUCAUGGCAGACAUGCUAGCUAAGCAACGCGACAAUAUGACAGAUCCAAUAAAGAAACAACAGACCAUCGAAAACAAAAAUUACAACAACAACAAGCACAAUCGGGUUCCAACCGAACAAGUAGUCUUUCGAGAUCACAAAUCAAGCCCCAAAGUCGCGGUACAACCGAGGCGCGUUGCAUCCGACGAUCAACGAUUUCCCCCUUCUCGUAUCAUUGCGAAACUGAAACGAACAGAAUCCCAUCCUCCAGCGCAUCAUAACCAUAAUCACGACAAUGAAACAAUCAAAACCGACGAAUCUCCGUUUCGUCGACUCAUGGACGCUCCCAUGGAUGGGCAACCCACGGAGGGAGUGUUGUCGCCGUACUCAAAUUUACAGUUCAACCUGUUGGGGCUACUGGGGUCGGAGAUACCUGUCGAACUGCAGCAUUCUCCGAUUGGGAAACGGCCGAGGGGUUCUUUACAUGACUCGGCGGUGGAACGCCUUCAAAGUCUCAGGCAAAAAGCCAAGUUCGGGCUGGAAAGGCUCGACUAUAAUUCGUCACGGCGAACAGAUGCACGAACGGUGACAUUCAGUGACCAAGGGGGAACCGAGAAGCAAGAUGCAGAGGAAAAGGAAGAAGAAGAAGAGGAGGAGGAGCCUUCUUACAGCAUUGAUCUGACACAAACAGACAGUGAUGAUGAGUCGGCAAUGCUAGACUUGGGGCAGGGGCAGGCAGUCGGUCGAUCCGCCGCUAGGGGUGCACAGAACAACAUGGCGGGGCAACGCUGGGAACAAACAGUCCAUCAAAUUGCCACCAAGAUUACAAAUAACAGUUCAGGGAUGCAAGAAGGCAACAUUCGAGAAAGUGCGCAAAACUACAUCCUGGGAUCUAGCUCUUUUCUCAUAGAGGAAGCGAAGAAACAGAAACGCAAAGACCAGAUGGGAAGAGAGCCCAGUGAAAGGAUAAGAAUGACUCCUACACCCUUUGGUCGGAAGAUCGACAUCACCGAACAACAUCGGGAGCCAAGUGAACGAAUGCGAAUCUCCCCCACUGACUUGAAAAUGGCCAGCCACAACAGACAGUUGGAACCUAGUGAGCGAAUUCGCUCGCCGUCAUAUCUUGAGUCGGAAGACGAGGAACGUGUGAAACAACCACAACAAUCUGCGAAUGAAAAGUCACGAUCUGCUACCUUGAAACGCCAACAACGUACACUUACACAACGAGCAAUCAGGGAGCAGACCAGUUCAUCGUCAAUCUCAACAACUGACCACGAAAGUGCGAAACACCAUAAUGCCAAAGAAGAGCCCAGCCAACGGAUGCUAUCAGCAGUCUUCAAUCGAGAACAAAGGCAACUAAGUGCAGGCAAACCAAAGGAGCCAAGGGAGCCAAGUGUGGCAUCCCCAGCAACUGUGCAUUCGCAGAGGAAUUUUCUCUCGCAGGCCUCGCAGACUGCUUCAAUUCGCAAGCCACCGCUGCGCUCGUCGGAACCACCGGGCUCCUCUCCCACUCCACAAGACGCGUCACUAGCCCCCACAUUUGCCUCUCCCAUUUCCGAUCUCGCGUCUGUCCGUAUUUCAGUGAAUCAUGUGAACCUUAUCAAAAACAUCUCAGUUCCUGCAACCCAGGCCAGUAGUACCCAAGGCACCAGCAUUGCAGAGAAAAACUCCAUACUGGCCGAUGACGACGCCAAUUCUAUCAUGGUGAUUCAUACGUCGUCUUGGACUGAUUCUAAGGAUGAUCAGGUCCCAGAUGUCAUACUUUCAGUGGGUGAUGAUGGCGAAGUAGAAGUUAGGAAGGACACUGUGCGAAGAUCGGGGGUAUCACGAGAGGGGAAGAAACCACAAGAAAAGGGGCACGGAAGUUACAGCGGUCGCAACAGCAAAAAUUCCACUGAAAGCAAGACGUCUGCGAGACCAAUCUUGAGCCGCAAAGAUCCUGAUGGUAGUGCUGGUGGAAGGAGUUCGCGAAGAGGAGGAAUUCCGAGCAACCCUUUUAAUCGUACCGGGAGGCAAGAGGUCAGCGGCACCUAUGAUUCAAGAAACAGCAACAGCAGUCACACACCGAGAAGUAGGCAAGAGGUCAGUGGCAUCUAUGAUUCAAGAAAUGGCAACAGCAGUCGCACGCCAAGAAGUAGGCAAGAGGUCGGCACCAAUGAUUCAAGAAACAGCAACAGCAGUCACAAGCCGAGCAGCGAGAAUCCCAGGGGGCAGGAUCCAAGUAUCGGAACAAGUGUUUCCGAUCUGGCUCGUAUCCGAGCUCGGAUUGCAAAGACACGUACUGAAGGAAUUGAAGGAGCAUCGAGGGCUCCUGAUCCGAGUGUUCAUGAUCCGAGCGUUCAUGAAGCAAGAGCAAUCCGAGACCCCCAGGGACGGGACCCAAGAGGGCCCGAUCCCCCCCAGGCAAAUUCACCUUUGCCAACCCGAUUGGCUUCCCCACCACCAACCCGAUUGGCUUCCCCACCACCAACCCGAUUAGCCUCUCCACCACCAACCCGACUAGCCUCCCCCCAACCAAAUCCACCGCCGCCAACCCGAUUAUUAGCCUUCCCAGCCAAGGUCUCUUCCAGGCAUCAACAUUUUAGACCAAAGCAGGCAAGAACUAUCAUGACAACCAAGGAUGCCCCAGAGCAACAAUAUUCUUUUGAAAUCAGGGAAAUCAAGGAAAGUGAGGACUCGCCAACGGUGAUUUGCUUGGUCGAGUCUGAAAUCCGUGAUGAGGUUUCGGGAAACGAGUCCAGUUCAGGCAGGUCUCGUGAUCAAGGGGGCAAAAAGUUUAUCGAGACAAUUCGAAAAAGUGUUGACACUCGUCUCUCAAGGAUCAAAGCAAAGAUUGAGGAGAGAAAUCCAAGCCCUAAUCGCAGCAAAAAGAAAGUAUCCACUUUCGUUGAAGAUAUGAAGCAGGGGAAGAAUCUGAGAGAAAGCCUCCAUCAACUUAGGAAAUCAGCAAAACAAAGGAGGAGAGAAAAGAUCAGAUCAAGAGAAAAGGAUGUACAUGAAGAUGAAGAAAUUAUCUUCAUUGAUGCUACAGAGGCGUCGCCGCAAGCCUCUCUGGAGGAGCAGAAAAUAUCAAUGCAACAAGAAAAUUUUCCACGACGCGAGGAGGGUCGCAGGAGAGACGAGUCCCCAAAGAAAGAACCGGAUGGACAAACUGGCGAACGACUAGUGGCGUCGCACAAGCAGCACAAGCAACUCUUGAGGCCAGCUGCCUUGUCUCCUAUCACGUUGGAUGGGAUCCUUGCAGACGAGCAGUCGGCGGAAAGCUCGUAUACGUCCGCCAGGUCGGAUUUGAUGACAGCGCCUUCGGUUUUCGCCAAUGUCGUUGGCACCGAAAUUCAAUGUUGCGACGAUGGAUCAGAGCUCACCGCAUCGUACGAGGGGUGGUCAUCGAAGAAGCCUUCGACACCUAGAACGAAAGGAGAUGCUGACCGCAAGAAAGGGCCCCCUGUAACCGAAGCAAUGCCUUCGCCAUGUACACGACGGAGGAACUCGCUCAGUGCGCAUGAAGAAGGGUACACAUCCAAUGGGCCACAGAAAAGCGGAACUGGUGAAAACCUCCGUGAAGACGCAGAGAAAGGGUUGGUCCCUCCCAAGGCAAAAACCAACAAGAGUGGCACGGAAGUGGCUGAUGCUGCAGGACGGGAAAGUACUCAGACCAAUGAAAAGGAUCAAUACAUUGGUUUGCCGAAACAGAUAUCAACGCUGCUCCAAUCUGUUGGCAACCAUCUAGUCCCUUCCGUUCCCAAUGGGUUCCUUGGGAUGUCGAAGGCCAGUUUCUCUCCCAGUAAGCCAACGCGGCCAAGCCUGAAGGACCAUGAUUUCGCGGACGACGUAAUGGCCAUUACCGAAUCCAUGGCACAGCAAUUGGGCAGCACAUUUAUUACUUCUGAGAGAGUCGCAGAACGUCAGCUUCAGUCAAUGGAAAUCGAAGCAAAGGUGGAUGAAGAAGCAAAAAUGGAAACAGGAGAGGAAGCAAGGCAACCCUCAUCUGAGGAGCAGAAAGCCGAGGUGAAAAAGGACACCGAUCAAGAGGAUGACCGUGGGGGGAAAGAAGACGUGAACUUCAGAGAUCUGAAACAGCAGUUCUCGGAUCUUUCCGAGGCCGUUGGAACCAAGUUUUCGCAAGCCUUGGUACCGGACAAGGGACUUUGGCAAUCAUACUGCAUGCCGCAGACAGCUUGCUUGCCAAAAUCUGAGCCCAAAGAGAGCAAGAUGCCAAAGAUGGACAUUGUUUCCUCGAGCCCUAUAAUAGCGGGAUUCUUGAAACGAAGAGAUCGGUCCUUGCAAAAGCCCGACUUGCAACAGAAACCGGACGGGAAGCCGAAAGAAAAGCACGGAUCUGUUCCUCCCCUUAGCCCCUCGUCGCACCACUUCUCAGAAAGCUCUAUCAACAGAAGUCAGAUAAUGUCGGAACUGACUACAACCUCCGACGGACAAAGGCGAUUUCACGGCAAAAUGUUUUCACCAGGAAAUGCCGCCGAGAGUACAUCAGACGAACCCCAGGUUCUUUCGCACAAAUCGACCGCCGCCGCAUCUGACGUGUCCAGCGAAAUGCAGAGGAAAAAAGCUUUGUUCGGGAGAUUGGUGUCGCCUUUGACUUUGCCAACAGAGAUCCAGCAGGCGCCAGGGAAGGCAACACCUGUUAAUCUGAACAAGGGUUCUCCAUCAAAUGGAAUGGAAGUUGCAAAAAAGGAGCGGAAGAAGUCAAAGGCGAAGGAGCCAAAGCAUCAGCAGGGGAAACCAACUCCACAGUUCCCACCGUUACUGGUGCGUAGGUCCAUGCUCGACGAGACAUCUUCCAACUGUGCAACAAGCGAAACGGAAGGUCGACCAUCAUAUGAGGACUCAGACUCAUCGGCUUUUUCCAAGUCUGGCGUUUCUUCCAUUUCAACGAGACAUCCAAUUCCCCUCUCUGAUGGCAUUUCAUCCUUGGGGGAUUCGACGCAGACCGAAACAGGAACCUCCUUCAUGACAAGUUUCUUUAUGAAAGACACCAUAAUGCACAAAAUGUCCUCGGUGUCGGAGUCCGAUACCGGGGAUUCGUUCGAACCGACGCCGACCUAUCCAUCACAGUCCUAUGAACCAUCGUCGUCGUCGCCACCACCAUCAGAGGAGCAUCGAAAGCUCGAUCCACCCUGCGGAGGCAGAGUCAAUCCUCCUGGUAGCAAACUCGAAAGAAACGGCCACCUCAAUCCUCACGCUGCGCGUCUUGUAGCCACCCCAUCACCACUGACGCAACAUAUGAGUCAGUCCGAAGCAGGACCGUAUGACUCUGAGCAGCAUUAUUCCGAUAUGUCAUACUCCGUAGAUUCGCCGGGAGAUUGCUCGUCUUCGUCCUAUUACUUCAACGAGAAGGUUCAGGGACCCCGACCUUCUGCGCCCGUACCCACAGCGCGUGAGCAACGAGAACCAACGGAGAACGAAAGCACCCAUGGGAACCCGCUCAAAAAGUUACUAUCAAGGCCACGAGUUCCACGGCGAAUCCCCAGGGAGAUCAGCACUUCGAGUUCAGCCGAGGAUGAUUCAAGGUACCGAAGACCGCGAACACCUGAACCUGUUGUCUCCGCGAGACAGCACAACGGAUAUCCGGGUUAUCCGAGCUAUCCGACCUCAGACCAUCUAUUUCCCGCCGAGCCAAUUCCCAGGAGACCAGAUGCGAGCGAGAGACAGAUAGGACGGCACCAAGACGAGUUCCUUGACGAGGAACUCACACGACUUCAAUCUUGCUUUGACGCCGCCUGCGGUGCUGACCCUCCAGGAAUGCUUGACGAUAACCGCACUUCCCUUGAACCAGCUCUUCGCUCGGUCUCUCGUUUCAAUAAUGGGGGAAUUUCCAGGGCAAAUUUCAGCAGCAACGGGGGCACUUCUAUGGGCAACAUUGAUAACUUGGUACUGGAAAGUUUGGGGAUUCCAAACAAAAUGGACCAACUACGCAUGUCGCUCACAUUUAGUCCGGGCAACAGCUUUGCUCCGACCCUUACACCGCAUAGGUCUCCUUCCCCAAGCCUCGCCGCAAAUAGAGCAGCUGCUACUCUCCUGCAAAAGUACCAAGCAUUGGAGGACGAAGCGAGAAAGAAGGGGCGAAAAUCGCGACCUGUUGAAGAUGACAACAAUACCAUGAUUUCCAGCGUUUCCGAAAGAUCAGCCUCUACUGUUACCUAUUCUACGCUUGAUGAUGCCGGAGCCUCGAAUUUUGAGGAGGACAAGGAGCUUGGCCGUUCCUUGAACAAUGCCAAUACUAUGGAAACGGAUCGUGCCUAUGCGCGUGGGUCGCGGAAUCGUCCGACUACACCCCAGACUUUGCGAGCAUUUCGCAGCAAGAGUUGGAAGCUGGAUGACGACGACACGGGCAAUUCAAUAAUGGCCUCAGAUUCAGGGGUCGCACCAAGUGCCAAGGAUUCGAAGAGUGGCAAAGAAUCCAGCAGCCCGAGCUCCUUUACUUACGGCUAG